UCUGUCAACGCGCAACGACCCGUCGGCAGUCAGAAGGAUUUCACUACUUUUGCAUGUGUUUGUGCUAUAACAUUUUUUUUCAUUAAAUUCAAAUAGUUAAGUGCAUUCAUAUUCUAUAUUUUGAAUACGUUGUACAUUUCGGUUGAACAAAGUCUUAUCAACAAAAAAUGAAUACACUGCACGGUCAAAUAAUGCUGCUGGCUCUAUGCUGCUUCGGCUACAUGUGUUGUAGUCCAUUAAUAGGCAAAAAUGUACCUAACCAGGCUACAGACGACAGUGAUUCCGACCACAAUUUGUUUAUAAAUGGCGCUGCAGAUAUGGUCGACAAUGACAGUGACAUUAAUAAACGCGUGGAACGCUAUGCUUUUGGGUUGGGGCGCCGAGCAUAUAUGUAUACGAAUGGUGGUGUGGGGAUGAAACGAUUACCUGUAUAUAACUUUGGAUUGGGAAAACGGUCGCGGCCAUAUUCAUUCGGAUUGGGAAAACGCAGUGACUACGACUACGAACAGGAAAAUGAGGUUAACUACAGGCCAAUGCCAGACACCUUAGUAUCAGCCGCAGGACGGGAAAGUCGACAAAGCAAGCGAACAACACGACCGCAGCCCUUUAACUUCGGUCUUGGCAAACGUUAAGAACUCAAUUAAACCCCACAAUAUACAAAGACAACAUUGCAACCGUAUGUAUCUCGUGAAAAGGCCGAAAUAAGUAUACAAGUAAAAAAUAAAUAAAUAAUUAUGAAACGUCACCUAAACAAAAACUUAU